AUGCCCUCCUCCAACAAUGUCACCGACUCCGACAGACCACCGUCCCCGCCUCGCUCCUUCGAUCCCUUGACGACAGAUCCAGAGUCCGGUGUCGAGCUGUCCACUCUAGAGUCGGACGCCAGCAUGCACCAUGCUCCGCGCACGGCAAACCGGCGAGGAACGCCCCUGGACCGACGUGCUCCCCACCAGGUCGCUGAGAAGGGGCAUGUCUCGCCCGCGGUUGCCGGAAGCUCAGCCGCGCAUAUGCAAGCGCAACCUUACAGCGGACCCUCCAACCUCUCCUCGCCAACAGCCGAGUACACGAGCACGAGCGGAGACACCUACUACGACGACGAGUACGGCGACUGGAAGCAUCGAUGGCGGAGCUACCACCCGAACACGGAGGAUCAGACGUCGUUUCUGAAGCGACCGCGGCGGGGCACGCGGUCCCGUGCGGGCGGCGGUGGCUACCUGCCAUACUACAGGAAACGACGCGGGCCGGCGUCCGGCGGCUGGAUCCUGCGACGCUGCUUAGGUUGCAUCCGGUACCGAUGGGCGCGGUCGCUUGUUCUGAUUCUGCUCGGGGCGCUCGUCGCUCUCACGGCGCUCUGGCAGUUCUCGAAGCACUAUGAAGUGCAGCUCGAGUUCUCGGUCUUCUCGCGCGACUGGGUGCGACAGGAGGUUGAGUCGAUCCGGCCGCUGAAGGGCUGCUGGGAGCCCCAGAACAUCUCCCCAGAGUACAACAUGACACAGCACGAGGCGCCGCGGCACCAGCUGCUCACCCCUGGUAUCAACCUGCGCUACGAACUUGCGUGCUACGACUUUGCGUCGACGGUCCAGCCGAUCGCCGAGGUACCGGCGCGCGACACGAUCUUCCACACGUACUGGCGAUCCGACCUGGCUCCGUUCGACGACCGACAGGCAGCAACGCUGUACGCCUUCCUCGCGACGCAAAACCUCGCCGUUUCCAAGCUCAUCCUCUGGACGAACGGCAAGGAGCAGCUUAUGGGCAGUGCACGCCUGCGCGAACUCGUACAGGACUGGCCCAACCAUAUCGAGGUGCGCCAAUUCGAGCCCGCUGUCCUCACGGAGGGUACGGAGGUCGAAGGCGUUCUGAACCAGAUGGGCGGCAUUUUUGACCGCCGCGCGUGGGUCGAUGGAGACGUCGUCCGCCUCCUCGCGCUGUACCAGUACGGGGGCGUGUGGAUCGACAUGGACAUGAUCCUCACCCGCGACGUCCAGCCGCUCCUCGAGAGCGAGUGGGUCAUGAAGUGGGAUUGCUAUGUUCUUCCAGCUGAACGGCGCGGUCAUGCACUUCGAGAAGCACUCGCCGUACCUCUGCGAGACGUUCCACGUGAUGAAGACGUCUCCCCUCCCGCGUCCCGACUCGUUCGACUGGGGCUCGCACCUAUACUCGAAGGUGCACCGGCGCCUGCUCGCAGCGAACAUCACCCCCUUCCAGGUGCUGCCGUGUCCGACCCGGCCAAGUGGGCCGGACGCGCAUGGGACGGCAUUGGUGACUUUGGCCGGAGCGGGCGCGAGAUCUUCGAGGAGAAGCUCGGCUUCGUCUUCGGCAUCCAUCUGCACAACCAGUGGCAGAAGCCGUUCCCGAAGGGAGCCUGGAUGGACCGUCUCACGAUCCAGCACCGCGACAAGGUCCAGCGCCUCAAGGACAGCAUGCCCAGCGUCGGCGCGGGCAGCGUCAAGAAGCAGCACGCCCACGCCCACGCAACGCACAACACGAACACGCACACUCGCUCAGAAUAG